UAGUGUUGAAUGAACGGAAGGAGGAGGGAGAUCAUACAUUAACUCCUGCUGGAUGCGGGGACUCUCCAGUUGAUAGAAGCCAAGGCAGAGAGAGAGAGAGAGAGGGAUGCUCUCAGAACAACGCUCAACACAGAAGCGACAGAGGAAACCCAAACGAAGAUCCACUUAAUUUAUUUGAUGUAUUAUUUUUUGUAAUUGUUAUUAAUAUUUUGGCCACCCGGUGUUUUUCCAGCUGGUUUUACGCACCCAGAGAGAGUGAAGCAAACGCUGCGGAGAUGAGUGUUGCGUGGUUUCACAUGCUCCUCAAGGAUCCCCUCUCCUGAUAAAGGGACCAAAAGAGGACAAAACAAAGGCUGUCCAUGAUAUUUUCCAAAAGAAGGUUGCAAAGGUGGAGCGAUUAGAGAAAGGCUGAUGACGGGACUAUUCAUCCUUUCAGUGCAUCAAAAGCACCAAAGGGUUUUAGAAACGCUUGGAUGGAAAUCAGUAUUCCCAAAUCUAAAUGGAAUUAGUUGAGUCUGAAGCCGUUUGUGAAAGGAACAGACAUGGUACAUGGGCACAGCUUCCAUCACGUUGUUGCAAGUCUUCUCAUACUUGGGUUGUCUGGGGCAACAAGGAAGGAUACAGCAGUAAAAAACAAUUCUGGAGUGAAGCCUGCGGGUCAAUGUGGAACGUGGGUGAAGGAACCAGAAGGAGGGCUCUUCACUUCUCCCAAUUACCCAAACAAAUACCCCCCAGACACAGAGUGUGUUUACAUCCUUGAAGCCCCCCCAAGGCAGUGUAUUGAUCUACACUUUGCGGGGGAUUAUUCAAUCGAAUCCUCUUGGGAAUGUAAAUUUGACAACAUCGAGGUCCGGGAUGGACCCUUUGGCUUCUCCCCAAUUCUCGGACGGUACUGUGGUCAGCACAGCCCACCUGACAUCAGGAGUAGCGGCCGAUAUCUGUGGAUAAAAUUUGUUACGGAUGGUGAACUGGAAGCGGUGGGAUUUUCAGCAAGUUACAACUUCACUGCAGAUCCGGACUUUGCAGACUUGGGAGUACCCCCACCUCUGCCCUCCUGUCAGUAUGACAUGGUUGGUCCAGAAGGUAUCGUUGAGUCCCAUCAGAUCACCAGAGACGGGAAGGCUGGCGCUGGCGAGGCCGUCGACUGUAAAUGGUACAUCCGCGCUCCGCCGCGCUCCAAGAUCUACCUGCGUUUUCUCGACUACGAAAUGGCCAAUUCCAAUGAAUGCAAGCGCAACUUUGUGGCGGUGUACGAUGGUGGCAGUUCGGUGGAAGACCUGAAGAGCAAGUUCUGCUCCACGGUGGCUAACGACAUCAUGCUGGUUUCCACGCUGGGCGUCAUCCGCAUGUGGGCGGAUGAGGCCAGCCGCAAAAGCCGUUUCCGCAUCCUCUUCACGACAUACCAAGAGCCUCCAUGCGAUGCAGAUGCCUUCUUCUGUCACAGCAACAUGUGCAUAAACAACACGCUGGUGUGCAAUGGCAUGCAGAACUGUGUCUACCCAUGGGAUGAGAACCAAUGUAAAGAGAAGAGGAAAGCAAACAUCCUGGACAACCUGAACAACACAAACGGGACCAUAAUUGGUGUCACGUGUUGCAUCGUACUCAUCCUCCUCAUCGUCUCUGUCAUCGUCCAGAUCAAGCAGCCACGUAAAAAGUACAUUCUGCGGCGUGAGGACUUUGACCCCACCAUGUUCCAAGAGGUCUUUGAGCCGCCUCACUACGAGCUGUGUACUUUACGGAGCGCCACAACAGCCGCGGCGGCAUCAGCAGACUUAGUCGACCUGGCGGAAGACUUCGAGAACUACCACGCCCUUCGUCGUGCCUCCUCGCGCUGCGUCCACGAUCACCACUGUGGCUCCUCCUCCAAUCCUGGCUCCGCCCACAUAUCCCAGCUGUCACUCAGUGGACGAGGAAGCCGCGGAAACUUGAGCGCUCGAGACGCAGCGGCGGCCACCCUGCUCACAGACCUUCCACAGCCGCCCAUGUCAGUGCGGCCUCUGCUACCGGCCACUGGAAACCGAAGGAGCAUCUUGGUCAUGAAGCACAGCUACUCGCAAGAGGCAGCGGACAAUGGAUGUGACCUGGAUGAUGACCUGGAAGAAGUUCCCACCACCAGCCACCGGCUUUCACGCCAUGAAAAGGCAGUACAGCGGUUCUGCCUCAUUGGCUCUUUGAGCAAACAUGAAUCAGAGUACAACACAACUAGGGUCUAAGAGACAAUCUCAAGACUUCUUGAGAAUAGUGCAAUCCUGGAUCAGUAUGAACGGGCGUCACUGACAUAUGAAAAAGCGGAGCGAGGAUUUACACCAGCAUGAUGCUGAUGAUGAUGAUGAUGAUGAUGAUGAAGGGACACUUUGACGGAAGGAUAUUCAAUAUGUGUAAUGUGAAUUCAUGUGCAGAGACGAACACAAAGGACUAGAUGAAAAUACUCCAGCGGCAAUGCCGUGAAGCGGGGAAAGUUUUGAGAGUCAGUCAGCUCUGUGCGUACUGUAGUCAAUCCAGAUUUUUUUUGUCAUACUGGAAAGAAAUGGACCUUCAGAAUGAACAUGACUACUGAUUAUUCAUUAUUAAACUUUAAAUUUGGGAUGUUAGUCAGAAAUAGAUCUGUCAUUGUCAUAGAUUCCUCACUGAUAACCAAAUUAACGUGAUCAAACAUCUUCAAGUUCAUUUUAAAGCAUGUCUUUUUCAAAUUAGUGGCAUACAUAUGAUUUUAAUAGCAAAUUAUAGAUGCUUACAGUUUUUUCAAAUCUAGGAAGAUUUAUUUUAUUAGUGAAAAUUGGAAUUUAACUCAAUUAAUUACUAACCUAAUUGAAUUUAAUACUGCUGGAAUAACCAUAAGCAGUUUAAUUUGGAUAACAAUUCAAAGCCAAGUUAUGGCUUGUGCAUGGUUCUUUUAUAUCCAUUAAAGCAUUAACAUACUAACAUUAAAAUAUGAAAAGCCCCCCCAUUUACUAAUACAUAAGUCAUAUGGAUAAGAAGAAAAAAGUGUCUUCAGAAUUAAUUAAUUGCAUUGCAUGUUGUUAGCUAAGUCAUAAAAUCACACAGAUGAAUUUCACCAUUUUCAUUUUAACACAAACUUUUUUCAAAAAAUAUGUUGACUAACUUUUGGGCAGGCUGUUUUUAAUUUUGACAAAGAGUUGUUUGUUUUUGGCAAAUAUAUUUCCUUCAAGUCUGUUUGUCUUCUAACUCUCUUCUACUGUAGGAGCUAAAUAUCUUUGUAUUAAAACAGACUUUUUUACUAGGGCAAACUGAAAGGAUGAGUUUUUACAGUUAUUCCAAUUAUCUUUCAGGGCUGAUUUUACUGAUGCUUUGUAAAAGAAAUAACAAUAAAGCUCACCUUUUUUUUCUUUGUUUUAUCGGCUUUUGGUCCUUGGUUCCUCUCUCUCUCUUAAGUAUGUCCAUGUCCUAUCCCUGUCACACAAUCAUACGUUUUUAGAUGUCGGUUUAUUUGUUGUGGCUGAUCUGCCUUUAGAGAGCUAAACCAAAGGGAUUUAUUUCACCAAACAACAACAAUAAAAUGACUCCUAGACGGUCCAAAUAAUCCCAGGUAAUCACAGGUAUCUGACAGACAAGUUAAUGGACUUUUUGUGUUUGUCCUGAUGAGAUUAACCCCAUAUAUACUGCUCUUCCUAAGGAUCACACGGAUCAACCUCACACUCUAAUAACACUCAUUGUUGGCAGGCUGGUUUUGUAGACAAAAACAACCUGCACUUUGUGGAAAGUGAGAGAAGUAGAUCAGCGUUGAGCACAAGGACAUAACCACAUAGAAAAUUCACACACGUAACGCAUGCGACGUCUUUUGUCUUACGCUCUGUCAUUGUCCGAGUACCUACUUUCUUCUUACUGUAUCAACUUUUAUGAUAUCUGCCAUCUAUGUGUACAUUGUUUUCUGUAUUCUGUGUCAUGUAUGUAUGAUUUACAUCCAUGCUCUCCACUCUCUUUUUCUCCAUACAUAUCAUACCCAUAUUUCUGCAGAUACUGAAUAAAAUAUUUCUUUUCUAUACAUACAUUGUGCUGAUGUCUGUGUGUUGCCUCCCUGUUUUACAAUUGUGUCGACAGUUCAGCUGUAGAUAUUUCAAAGGUUUUCACAGCUCACACGUACUUUUCUCUCUCUUCUUUACUCUGUGGCUUAAACACACAGACUCCACACACACAAACACACAAAGUCGCGCUCAUCUGCCAGCAUAUAGAUAGAAGCAGACACCUCAGUAAUUAAAUAAGUCUGAACCGAUUCGAUCACAAGCAGCCCAGGCAGAAGAUGAGAAAAAGUGUAGGGCCCAGAACAGACUUAAAAGUAAUAGUGUUUUCAUUUCU